GUCCUUUCCACACAGCUUUCCUGUAGAUAACCAUGAUAUGAUGCCCUUUGAAGACCCUAAUCAGCUACUAACAAUAAAGUUACCCGUGUUGCCUUGUUCAUGGAGAUGAUAGUCAAUUACCAUCAUUAGUAUUAACAGCAGUGAAGGCAAACAGUGGACUAAAAUGUGUUUAUAACUAUCCUUUGCUCCACUGUGAACUUUAUCUUUAAACUUGGAAAAAGUACCAAAACUACCAGUGUAAGCUGUAACCAUGACUACUGAAGUUGGCUCUGCAUCUGAAGUGAAGAAGGGCUCUGACCAGGCGGGAGCAGAUGCCCCCAAGGAGAAAGCUAAAGAAGUAGAAAAUGAGCAGACUCCAGUGUCUGAGCCAGAGGAAGAAAAAGGUUCCCAGCCAGAUGCCACAGUUGAAAGCCAAAGCAGUCCCUAUCGACGGAAACGAGGGAAGGAUCCGUCUGAGAACAGGGGCAUCUCUCGCUUCAUACCCCCAUGGCUUAAGAAGCAGAAGUCUUACAACUUAGUAGUAGCCAAAGAUGGAGGAGAUAAAAAAGAGCCUACUCAAGCUGAUGUGGAAAACCAGAUCUUAGACAAAGAGGAUACCCUCCCUGAAGAAGAGAGCCGGGCCAAGGGUGAUGCAGAAGAGAUGGCUCAGAGGAAGCACCUGGAGGUUAAGGUGGAGGUCAAGGAAGAAAAACCAGCCUUGAAAAGCAGCACUGAGACCCAGCCUGCUGAAGAAGUGAGGAAGGACAAGGAGGAAGAAGUGAUACAGGUCACACAGGAAGAGAAACUGGAAGGAGGUCCAGCCAAAAGAGAGACGAAGGAAGUACAGACAAGUGAGCUGAAGGCAGAGGUGGCCUCUCAGAAAGCUACCAAGAAGACCAAGACUGUUCUGGCCAAAGUCACCCUCCUAGAUGGCACAGAAUACAGCUGUGACCUUGAGAAACGUGCUAAGGGACAAGUGUUAUUCGACAGAGUGUGCGAGCACCUGAACCUCUUGGAGAAGGACUACUUUGGACUUGUAUUUCAGGAACAUCCUGAGCAGAAAAACUGGCUAGAUCCUGCAAAAGAAAUAAAGAGACAGCUGAGAAAUCUUCCCUGGCUGUUCACUUUUAAUGUGAAAUUUUAUCCUCCAGAUCCUUCUCAGUUGACUGAAGAUAUCACCAGAUACUUCUUGUGCCUUCAACUGAGGCAGGACAUCGCCUCUGGCCGCCUGCCCUGCUCCUUUGUGACUCACGCCCUCUUGGGAUCCUACACCCUGCAGGCUGAGCAUGGGGACUAUGACCCAGAGGAGUAUGGGAGUAUUGAUCUUGGUGACUUCCAGUUUGCCCCGGCCCACACCAAGGAGCUGGAGGAAAAGGUGGCAGAACUGCAUAAAACUCACAGGGGCUUAUCUCCAGCACAAGCUGAUUCUCAGUUCUUAGAAAACGCAAAGAGGCUUUCCAUGUACGGUGUUGACCUGCAUCAUGCCAAGGACUCAGAAGGUGUGGACAUCAAGCUGGGAGUGUGCGCUAAUGGCCUUCUCAUUUACAAAGACAGACUGAGAAUCAAUCGUUUUGCUUGGCCGAAGAUCUUGAAAAUUUCCUAUAAGCGCAGUAAUUUCUACAUUAAAGUUAGACCAGCAGAGCUGGAACAGUUUGAAAGUACCAUUGGAUUCAAAUUGCCAAACCACCGGGCAGCUAAAAGGCUAUGGAAAGUGUGUGUGGAACAUCACACUUUCUACAGGCUUGUGUCUCCAGAGCAGCCACCAAAGACCAAGUUCUUGACCCUGGGGUCCAAAUUCCGCUACAGCGGCCGCACGCAGGCACAGACACGAGAAGCAAGUACCCUCAUAGACAGGCCAGCACCACAGUUUGAGCGUGCCUCUAGUAAACGUGUCUCCAGGAGCCUAGACGGAGCCCCAAUUGGUGUUGUGGACCAAAAUCUUAUGAAGGAUUUUCCGGCCCCUCCUGGAGAGGGAUCAGUGCCUGGCCCUGGAGUUACCAGCUAUACUACCAUCCAGGAUGGCCGGAGGGAAGGCAGAAGCCCAACAAAAGCCACAGCCCUGCACGCUGAAGGAAAGAAAAAUACCUUGAGAGUAGACGGGGAUAAUAUUUAUGUCAGACAUAGCAAUUUAAUGUUGGAGGACCUGGAUAAGGCCCAGGAGGCCAUUCUGAAACAUCAGGCUAGUAUUAGUGAGCUCAAGCGCCAUUUCAUGGAGUCCACACCUGAGCCUCGCCCCAGUGAAUGGGAGAAGCGGCGUGUCACACCUCUGUCCUUCCAGACACAAGCGAGAAAAGACCAGAAUCUUUUCAAGGAUAUUCUGACCUCGAAGUUGGAGAAGUACCUGGUGGGAGCAACACAGACACCUGAAGAGGCAGCUCAGGCGCACAAGAGCCUAGAAGAAGAGAUAACAUCCAUUUUGUUUAGUGGACAGGGCUUUUCUCAUAGUGUGAAAGCCUCCUUGCCUUCAUCCGCCACUUGGACAGCAGAGGGCACUGUUGUGAACGCUAAUGCACCCAGAGAGCUGCUUCCUUCUGCGCCUUUUUCACACUUGCCUGAGACUCGUCCUCCCACGUCGGAAGGGCCUUGCACUGGACCCAGGGACGCUGUUAAGAGUUCACAUGAGACUCUGAAUGUAGUAGAGGAGAAGCAGCAGGCAGAGGUUGGGAAAGACGAAAGCGUAAUCACAGAAGAAACGAAUGGUAAAGAGAUCUCACCGGGGAGUGGUCCUGGGGAGACUCGUAAGGUGGAGCCUGUGGCACACAAAGACUCCACCUCCCUGUCUUCUGAGAGCAGCAGCAGCAGCAGCGAGAGCGAGGAGGACAUGGGCGAGUACCAGCCCCACCACCGAGUGACCGAGGGCACCAUAAGGGAAGAGCAGGAGUGUGAUGAAGAGCUGGAGGAGGAGCCCGGCCCAGGAGCCAAGGUAGUAGAGAGGGAGGCAGCACUGCCCGAAGCCAUCCCAGACAGACAAGCAGGGGCCGGUGCGCUCCCAGUAGAAACAGAGGCCCAGGAAAAUGUAGUUGCCCAAAAGUUACCUGGAGAGAAGGGUGCACACGGAGGCACUGCUGAGCAAGACAUGAGAGAAGAAGCAGAGGAAGAUCAGCACAAAGUUAAUGGAGAGGUGCCCCAUCUUGACAUUGAUGGUUUACCAGAGAUUAUUUGUUGUUCAGAGCCACCAGUGGUAAAGACAGAGAUGGUAACAAUUUCUGAUGCCUCACAAAGGACAGAAAUCUCCACCAAGGAAGUCCCCAUUGUUCAAACUGAGACCAAAACCAUCACAUAUGAGUCUCCACAGAUUGACGGCGGGGCUGGUGGUGACUCGGGCGUGUUACUGACUGCACAAACCAUCACAUCUGAGUCCGCGUCAACAACGACAACCACACACAUCACCAAGACUGUGAAAGGUGGGAUCUCUGAAACACGGAUUGAGAAACGCAUUGUGAUCACAGGAGACGCAGCUCUGGAUCAUGAUCAGGCGCUGGCACAGGCCAUCCGGGAAGCCAGAGAGCAGCACCCUGAUAUGUCGGUCACAAGGGUGGUAGUGCACAAAGAGACAGAGUUGGCAGAGGAAGGAGAAGAAUAAGAAAGUCUUUUUUUAAACAACAUUUUAACUUCAUGAAUCUGAAGAACUUUGACCAUUCCAAGUCUUAACGCCGCACCACCACUGCAGCAAAACUGUGCUCCAACUGGUGACAGUGACCAGAAGCCUGAAGAAUUAAAAUGCCAACAGCAAACCGUACCUUACCAGCUCUGGUCUCUACUAUUCCCACACAUUUCUAAUACCUUCUUUGUUGUAUAACCACUUCUAGACACCCUUGCUUCCCUUGGCUUUCCUUCCCUCCUGUCCUCUUUUUUAAAAAUUCUUUGUUUUUUUAUUAGGGUUUGUAUUUCCUUUCCCAACCUGCUUUUUUUGACUCGUUUGCUCAGAUGACAGUGAGCAAAGCCAGCCGGGCUGGUGAGGUGCUGUUCACUUGAACAGGUGCUGUUACGUGGAAAGGAGACUGUGACUAAUUUAGAUAGCAAUUUUCAUUCUUCAAGAUUGUCUCCAUGCAAGUCUUAUAGUCAAUAUUUACAGCUUUCAGACUGCAGUAGGGAUACUGCAUGAGAACAUAUUAAUACCAGUUAAAAGCAUUUCUUACAUCUUGAAAUUUUUCUAAUAUUAGGGAGUUUUGCUAUGGAUGAUUUUUAUAUUGACCUUUGACCUUCCAGUCCUGUGACUUUGCGCUUCAGUAGAGUCAGAGACUCUCUGGACUGGAGAAUUACCAAGCUCACUGACCAGGUCCUGUGUUGAGAGACCAUCGGCCCACAGUGCAGUGCUUCUCAGACAUGCGCUCUGCCACGGCAUUUCAGAACAGGAGGAGAACCACACCGUGUGCCCUGCCCUUUUACUACUAAAAGAAAACCAGGCAGCUUCAAGCCUGAGAGAUUCCUUUCUUAACUUUCCCAAUUCCAGUUCUUCCCAUUGUCUGAACACUUGAGUAGAACACUUGCUUUGUGUGUGAACUGACCCUUUGCUACUGAGCAGGUAUAUCUCUGACAGUUUGAUGACUUGCAGCUUUGAAGAUGCUGGGGAAAAGAGGUUGGGGGACAGUGGUGGGUCUGGUUGGUUGUAAGAAAGCUAUACCAUGUAAAGCUAACACCAGAGAGCUGAUAGGGACUUAUUAACUGUAUUGAACAUUUUUCUCAUUUGCUUUUGACUCUAUGUAUAGUUAUGACCCCAGAUUAGAUUUAUCGCAGCUUCAAGUUGUAUUAAAUAUUUUGCUUUAUGUAAUACUGUUAUAAAAUAAAAGUUUGUUUCUUCUA